AUGAAUUUCCUUGGUUUUUUGCAUCAGGUUCUUCUGUAUAUCGACGCUCGCUGCUUUGGCAAAGGCCCUUAUAACCUACACCGGCUAGGACUAGCCAAGAUCUCGCCGCAGUUGUCUUCAACUCUUCAUGCACUUGUCUUUGCAACCUUUUGGACACACUGCUACUAUUUUGCUUGUGUGUUUGCAAAUCCAGGUUUUGGUGCUCAUAGAGUAAUGCCCAAGAUCUGCUGA